AUGGCUUCAGUUUCCCGUGGCGUAUUUCCUGAAGCCUCCGCUUCCCUUUUCAAUCUGCGGCGGACAUCGGACCUGUUGGAGCAACACGCGACUGUGACCAAGGAGAAGAGCUUCAGCCAUCAAUACCAUCAAAUCACUAGGCCGUCCAGUGCCGGGAACACCACGCUCGCUGACGUAGUCAGCUCGCUUGCUCGCCGGGACAGCGAUGACACAACGGCUUCCCUUGUGUCCGACACUGACUAUGCUAGCCUGCUGGAGUGGAUUCGGUGUGAGAGAAUGAAGAAGCUGCCGCCCGAAGGGAGCAGCUACGACAAGGCCCUCGUUUGGGCGGCCUUGUUCGUCGAGCGUGUACAUUCGUUCGAUUCAGGGAUCGAGCAGUUUGCGGGAGACAGCCACCUUGCUGCCAAAUUGUCUUAUGGGUACUGCGCGAGCCUGCUCGAGUUGGGUGAACAAAACGCCUCGGCCCUUAUGGACCUAUUUGGCUUCUUUUACCGAUGCUCCGCCGGUCUCGGCAACCUGCUUGCUUGUGCGGAGCUCUUUGUGGUCUCAUCAGACAUCAAGGAUCAGCUUAUUCUCGCGUUGGCUGACUUGGUUACCCUUGUCGUCGGCGUGGCCACGCACUUCCACCGUUUGCUAGUUUCCGGAGAAUCGGUUUCGAUUGAUAUCUAUAGCACCUUCCCCAAUCCGAUCGAUAGUUUCCGUGGUCGCUGUGAGCAUGUCUCAGAACUUAUGUGGCGUCAUCAAUUGACGCGUGAGGGCUUUGAUGGCGAUAAAGCCGUCGGAAUCAAUACACUCAAAGACUGGUUGCAGCCCGAAGACCCGGUGCUUGCCUAUGUCACCGAAGCCACAGCGCCCUCGGCUCAGGAGCGCGAGGAGGCCACCUGCAUGUGGGUGAAGCCAUACCUGACGCGAUUCUUGAAAGGCGAACAGCAGGUGCUUUCGAUCACCGGCAAGCCGGGUUGCGGCAAGACGGUCCUGUCGACGGUGAUCAACGAUUAUCUGCAGCAUCCCGUAGGAGGGACGAGGUAUACGUCCGUCCUGGCACCCAUCAAUGGUCGGAUCCCCGCCAACACGACCCUGAGGGCCGUCGCAAAAAUGAUCUUGUCGCAAUUGUUUGACAAGCGCAUCGGCAACGUGCAGCUGUAUCAGAUGUUGGCCGACGCUUACAGUCAGAGCCAGCGGACUGUCGACGAAGCGUCGUAUGACGAUCUGCUAUGGAAUGUUCUGACGCAGAGUUUCCAGGCCAGUCGGGCAGGCGCUACAGAGCUAGUACUGGUCGUCGACGGCGUCGACGAGGCCAGUUGCGGAGAGAAAGCCCUGUCGCACAGACUACACGAAGUGGCGUCCAAAAGUCCCGCCGUGAAGCUGAUCGCGCUUGCCUCUCGGCCGGUGGACUCAGUCGCAUCCCAGACAACGGUGCGAGUCAACCUGGGGCUUCUUUUCGACGACAUUGCGGCGGUCACCCGCAGGAUUCUUCGCCAGAGCCCCGCGUUCAACGCCAUGUCUGACGAAGACCAAGAGAUGACCGUGGCUCGAGUCACAGAAGCAUCCGAUGGAUCCUUCCUCUGGGCAAAGCUGGCCGCCAAGCGUGUGCGCGAUGAGCACCUGCCAAAUGAGGCUGCGCUUUCCAAGUCCGUGGAUAGCGUCGUCCGAGCGGGAUACAAGAUCACUGAUCUUGUCGCGUAUACCCUGCAGUCCAAGCUAGAGGAGGAUACAAAGAAGGUCUUGGUCUGGUUGGCCACUGCGAACCGCCCUCUCACCCAGCGGGAGCUGGUCGCCCUUCUCUCCAUCCAGCCCGACAAGGCCGCCAUCGCCGAGCUCCGCGACAUUGAUCUCCGUCACUUAUUGAAGAACGUCGCCUCACUCGUCUUCUUCCAUAACAACUUGGUCUAUCUUAGGCAUGCAGAGGUGCGCGCCGCUAUCCUGGAUGUCUUCUCGAAAGGCAAACUUCUAUCUACGAUAAAGGACAGACAUGUGGACUUCGCGCAAAGACUCCUACUGUACACCAAGCAGAGCGUAGCCGACAGUCAUGAACCCUCCUUGGAUCCACUGAAUGGGCGGGUGACGGAACAUCUGCUGGAGAAGCAUCCUCUGCUGGACUUUGCGCUUCGCUACUGGGCCAGUCAUGUCAAGAUUGCGUUUGGCUGCACCAGCGACCAAGAGGUCGCUAUUGCGGGCAAGAGUUUGCGAUCUGUGCUUCCUACAAGCCCCGUCGUGCCACUCCUGGAGAUGACACUCUGGGCAAAUAAGGCAACUCCGUGCCUCCGAUCCGUUCACGAGGUUCAGACACGCCUGUACCGCCAGAUCUUGAACAGUAACCACCCGGCCACUCUUCAAGCCGUCAUUUCCCAGGCGCUCUUCUACCGACAAAUCUACAACAGUGUGCCUGUCGAGAGCAGUCGGAUCUUCUACGAGGCCGCGACAAUCAGCCAGAACAUAUUAUCCGUCCGACAUCUCAUCACUAUGCAGAUGGCCAAGUUUUUCUUGGAGGCCACGGCGGAUCAAGUCACCGAGUCUAAGACGGAAGUCAUGACCCGCCGCAUUGAAAUGCUCCAGCUGCUGGUGGAAUGCUACAAGGUUCACCAUGGAGUGACGAGCGUCAUGGUCACCUCUACGUUGACGCAGUUGUCCGAGCAUUAUCAUUACAUCAAGGAGGAUCGCAAAGCGCAUGAGAUACAUGCAUCCCUGGAGAGUUCCGCCACCGACAGUACGGCCCAGCGGAGCGGAUCCCGACAGAUAGACGACUCUUUGCUGGUUCACCUCCACGGCCGGAAGGACACAACGUUGACAGAGACAGGCACCACUCUGGCUUUGAAUGGGACAGAGGCGGAUGAGCUGAUUACAUGGUCCUUUGACCUGGAAUCUCUUCAGGCCAAAGCCGAGCGACAGAGGGCAGAGGGUCAGAUGGCGGACGCCGAGCGCACGUAUGUGGAGCUGUGGCAGCAGGCUAGCGAGGAAUAUCGGCUCAGUCACUCCACAGAAAACAAGAUCUCUAUGGUGCAGGCUGUCCUCGCGUAUGCCAAAUUCCUCAAAGGCCAGAAGAGAGACAAUGAAGCGGCCUCGAUCCUUGCCGGGUUUUGGGAGGAGUACGAGCAAACUACCUCCAGUGCCGAAACCUUGGUGUCCCACUUCUUGGAGAUUGCUCAGGUUAUGAAUUCCGUCGGGCUAUCUGUGCUCGCCCUCGGAGUCUUCAAACACUGUGCACAAAGUACCAGUAGCCAGAGUGCCAUCCACAAGGAAGUGCAAAAACAUAUCCAGUCCACCUCCCAGGAAGUGAUGCACUCAUCGUCUACAAACUCCUUGGUGACGGAGUCAACCCUCCAAGAAUUGAUAUAUAGCGGAUCCGCUGUUGACCACAUUUCCACCACAGCGGCCACAUCACUGGUCGAGACGUACAUGUCUCGGCAGCGGUGGCAUGACGCCACAAGCGUGCUGAAACGAGUGCUGCGGAGUGCGUGGCCCGCAAUGUUUGCGCGCUCGCUUGAGGAAGUCGUCCUGCCAUCGGACCACGUUGAUCAUUGCAUUAAGCUCGCGGACUGCCUUGCUAGCUGCUACCGCUUCCGCCGUCGCCUGAUCAAAGAAGAGGAUAUCCGGACCCGGCUUUAUCAUGCCGUUCGGCACGAUAGACCAGCAUGUGGAGAUCAACUCUUAGAGCGAGUUACCGUGAACCUUCUUCGUCUAUAUGAGCGUACCUCCCAAUCCGACAAGGUUAUAACCAUCCACCAGGAUAUACUGCAUGACUAUACCAAGCGGUUCGGCGGGGAACAUCCCACUGUGACCAAGGAACUCUGGACCCUAGCGGAGCUGACACGCCCGCGCCCUAUCGCAGUGGAUUAUUAUCGCCAGAUCAUCAACUUCCUGAACAAACACUCGAAGAUCUGUCAUCCGGAUGCGUUCGAGCCACUCCUGAUCGUGGCGACAGAGCUCCUGGGGCAAGGUCGGUAUGCGGACGCGCUGGAGCCUUGCCGGGUAUUGUUCACCACUCUGCAGAGUCCGGAGAUUAACCAAAAAUUGCGGGACCCGGCAUUCAUCCAGACCAUCUACGAACGUUAUGUACAGUGUCUGCGUGUGACUCACAGCGACGUCACCGUCAUCCACGAUGUGACGGUGCAAUAUCGCAAAUCAUGCAUUAGCCUCUUCGGUGCGAGCGCGUCGAUUACCAUCCAGGCGACCAAAACGCUGGCGAAUAUCUGCCAAGGAAUCAAGCAGUACGAAGCUCAAGCGGUCCAGCUCUACGAAGAGCUGUUGCAGACCGAGCCUAGCGAAGUUGAAAUUGACCAUCAAGACAUUCGCGCCACUCUGGAUGCCAUCUAUCAUGAGCAGAGUGCCUCGUUGACUGCUUCGAAGGUGGAGCAAAUGUCGACAAAGGAGCUACAGAAGGUGCUCUCUAUCCGCACCCAACGACUGACUUCGAUCGUCUCUAGCUACGGAUGGGCUCAUGAGGAAGCCCUGUCUCAGAUGGUACAGAUUGUCUCCCUCUAUACCAAGCAAGAGAAAUCGCAGGAGGCUGUGUCGAUGCUACAGAAAGCAACGGCGCAGGUGCUGUCGACCGAAACAUCCUCCGUCAAGCUGGCUGCGGCGGCCAAGAGCAUUGCAUCCGGCUACAUCACAGCCGGCCAAAUUCAGAAGGCCAGGGAACUCUCUGGGGAGAUUUAUCGCCAGAUUAUUACCAAGGACACUAGCAAUGCCAGUGAAUUUGGCUUUGGCCAUAUUUCAAACCGGCGGCUAAGUCUUGUUUUUCUGGCUCAGCUCGAAUACAGCCUCCGAGAAUCCGUCGACGUCUCGGUAACUUUGAACCAGAUCUACGCCUCCCUGACAACGGAGUAUCUAUACUUUGAGCAGUUCCGGUCAGUCCUCAGCUCAAAGACUGCUAAGCUCCAGGAUACGACGGCCACGGUAGCCCGCCUGCACGCGUUCCUGCUUAGCCGCAGCCGCAAGUCAGCUGCCACUCAGGUGGCGGACCAGUAUACCAGCUUCUUCCUGGCUACAGAGGGCUCCAGUCUGGGCAUCGACCGUAACCAGGCCAAGGUCUUCAUCGGGACGGUUCUAGAGUAUUUCGGCUCUCAUGCUUCACGCGAUUUUAUCCGUUCGGUGGCCAUCACGAGUUACGACCGCGCAGCCCAGCUUCUUGAGUCCGAGGAUUACCAGGCUGCCUGCCACCUCGCGUUGGCGGCGAUGAAAUACAUCGGCGCCCACCACGGUUACGCGGCUCAGACGACACUCAAGCUAGUGUUCAAACUGGGUCUACUGAUCGCCGGUCGAGAAACUGACGCUCGUCCAGGUGUCUCGGUCAAGAAGGACAUGCUGAGCACGUCAGCAACGAUUCUACGCGAAACGUUGGGGUAUUUCAAAGACAACAAUGUUGGGCUCGCGCAGCUAGAUAUGGCAAGCGUUAAUAGCUUGAUCAAGGUGCUCGAUGAGCAACAAGACUACGACACCUUGGCCUGGGUUCUCACCUCGCUCUGGAACAGCCGGGACGCCUACGGCCUGUUACAGCCACAGCACGCAUAUACCCUUGCCCUUGGGCGUAUGUUGGUCAUUACCCGCUAUCUCAUCGGCGACUACACGGCAUCCAUUCGACUUGCGGAGGAUCUUGUAUAUAACUGCGCUCGUGUUCAUGGGCCUCGCCACCCCAGCACCGUCGAGAUCACCGUGCUGCUGUCGCAGAUGUACACCAGCGUGGCUCAAGGCUACCAAAGCCAGAAGGGUCGGCGCGAGCUGGCCUAUCGGUACUAUCGGAAAGCGGCUGCGCUGCACGAAAACGCUUUGCGCGUGUUUAUCGAUCCGUCGUCGAGUCCUGCGAGCGAUGUGGAGACAGAGGUCAUCUCGGGCAUGUCGUCCUCUUCGUCCGCCUCCAGCCCAGGCGAAAAUGCGGAAGACGGAAAACAUGUCCGACAGCACUUGCGUAUGCUCAAACUUGCCGUCGAGCGCCUCGGAGAUUGGCCAAAGGAGUACUCUGAGUAUGAACGUCUUAGCCACGAUCUCUUCAGCGCAUUUGCGAAUGACUUGGAGGGAGUGGAUGGCGUCGACAAAUGGAAUUUGAAGUCGUUUGGGUCUGGAAAAGCUGAGGCCAGUGAUGACCUGAUCUCCUUUCAUCACGAGCGCUUGGCCAUUGCCGUUUGA